AAGCCCCCGCGGCGUGCGGCGUGCGCGUCGCGCGUGCGCAGUGGGGCUGGUGCGGUGGCCUACGGGAGAACUUGAGGGUAGCUUCUGUUCCCGGACGUCGGGACGGAAUUGCUCUGGUUUCGUGGUCUGGUGUUCUUUUAGGGGCAUAGAUAACUGACCCUUUGCCGAAGUCAGUAACUUGUUCACAGUGGGUGCCUGGUAAACCGGUGGCCAGAUCUUCGGUUCAUUGCUUCUGUUGUGAUGCCUUCUCCAGGGGCAACACCUCUCAAAUAUUACCUUUCGAAGUCUCAAAAUAAGCUUACAGAGCGCCUUUGCUGCUAUGACACGUGCCCCUUAAGCGGGAAUACACUGCUGUACUUUCCUGCUUCUCCAGGCUUCCACCCCAGUCUUGCAGGGUUUCUGUAGUGCCUGCCCCAUAGGGUCUGGCAACUUGAAAGCGCUACUCCUUGGUUGAAUUACAAAAACAGUUUACAUCUACCGUUUCAUCUCUCCCCAGUCGUUUUUUUCCUCGUUGUUUAAAUCAGUUAAUACAGGUAAAGCAGGCAAUGCCUGGCAACACAGCUAACGCUGAGUGUUAGUGUUGUUAGUAUUAGCCUCUAUUUUUCCGCAAAUAUUUAUUCAACUGUCCAUCGUGCGCCAAGGACUGUACUAAAUUCUGGGAAUUCCAAAAUGAACAAGACAGCGCCAGCCCUCAGGUAGUUCAUAGUCAGGUGGGGUGAUAGUCACAAGAAUAACAAAAUAUGCAUUGAUUAAAAUAUGUAAAGAGGUUUGGGGUGGAGCCUCAAAGUGGAUGGGGGCUGUUGCUGGUGUGAGACGCUCUUUUGACAGACUGUAUGUUUUCGUUCGUUAUUUCAGAUUUUUAAUGCAAAGCACCUUAUUUCCAUCCUGUUCUACCCUCUCUCCCGUCUCCCCCAUCUCCCUAUUCUGCCUCCUUACUUCUUAUUCUCACCUCCCUAACCGUUCUGUGCUCUAUUCCCUGGAAAAAAACAAGGGCUAAAACAUGCCCCUUCUCCCCCACGCCCGGCCGCCUCCCCCCCAGCCUCCUUUGUGCUGUGAUAGAGAAGAUAUAUUAUGAGGCCUCUUUUGGCUCUCCUCCCUGGAGGGAGGAAGGAGUUAUUCUCAUAAAUUUGUAUUGUUUUCUGGGCUUUCGCAUUUCUUCAUAUGCCAAGCGUUACAAUUUUAUGAGAAAAUCAAGAGAGGCAUUUUCAAAUAGUAAAUUAACAGUGACUUUAGUUAAAUGAACUGGUGGUGGGGGACACCAGCGGAAAGCUGUUCGUAUAUAAGAAUGAUGACAGCCGGCCGUGGCUCACCUGUUCCUGCCAGGGCAUGCUGACUUGUGUUGGGGUUGGAGAUGUAUGUAAUAAAGGAAAGAACCUGGUGGUGGCGGUGAGUGCUGAAGGAUGGUUUCACCUGUGUGACCUGACACCUGCCAAGGCCCUGGAUGCUUCUGGGCACCACGAGAGCCUAACAGGAGAGGAGCAGCAUCCAGUGUUCAAGCAGCACAUCCCUGCCAACACCAAGGUCAUGCUGAUCAGCGACAUCGAUGGAGAUGGGUGUUGUGAGCUGGUGGUAGGUUACACGGACCGUGUGGUCCGGGCUUUCCGCUGGGAAGAUCUGGGCGAGGGCACUGAGCAUCCGACGGGGCAGCUGGUGUCGCUCAAGAAAUGGACACUGGAGGGUCAGGUGGACAGUCUCUCAGUGACUCCGGGGCCCCUGGGUGUGCCGGAACUGAUGGUAUCUCAGCCGGGCUGUGCGUAUGCCAUUCUGCUGUGUACUUGGAACAAGGACACCGGACCGCCCCCUACCUCAGAGGGAGCCCCGGAGGGCAGUAGGGAGGCCCUAGCUGCCCGAGAUGUCAUGUUGCACCAGACUUCUGGCCGCAUCCACAACAAGAACGUCUCCACCCACCUCAUUGGCAACAUCAAACGAGGUGAAGGCCACAACGCUGAGAGGGGUGGCUCUGGCCUCUUUGCCCUCUGCACCCUGGAUGGGACACUGAAGCUUAUGGAGGAAGCAGACAAGCUGUUGUGGUCGGUGCAGGUGGAUCACCAGCUCUUCGCCCUGGAGAAGUUGGAUGUCACGGGCAACGGGUGUGAGGAGGUGGUGGCCUGUGCCUGGGAUGGACAGACAUAUAUCAUUGAUCACAACCGUACCGUCGUCCGCUUCCAAGUGGACGAGAACAUCCGAGCCUUCUGUGCAGGCCUCUAUGCCUGCAAGGAGGGCCGCAACAGCCCCUGCCUCGUGUACGUCACGUUCAACCAGAAGAUCUACGUAUACUGGGAGGUGCAGCUUGAGCGGAUGGAGUCGACCAAUCUGCUGAAGCUGCUGGAGGCUGAGCCAGAGUUCCAGAGCCUCCUACAGGAGCUGGGCGUGGAUCCUGGCGAUGUCCCAGCUGUCCGUGACCUGCUUCACCAGACCCUCUACCAUCCAGACCAGCCACCACAGAGCACUCCUGCGAGCCUCCACAUUCCCACCUAGCCGGACUUGCCUCUUAGCUGAAGAAGGAGCCUCCUGAACCACCCCCCCGCCCCAGGUAUCCAUGGUGCUGGCAGAAUAGGGAGCAAACAUCACAGAGGAGCAUGGAAGGAUGGCGGCCACCCUAGGGGGGGUGUAAACUGUAGCCUUCAUGGUCUUCUUGGUGAAAGAAGAGGCGAGUUGACCCUCUGUCCGUUUCCUUGUGUACCUUACCCAUCACAUCGGCAGGAUCAUAGGGACCCCAACCUCAUUCCACAUCAUCUGGGACUGCCCCCUCCCCAGAGCUCCCCAGUUUCCUUGUGUGGCAAACAGACUUGUUUGUGAGUAGGGGGCACAAAUCUUGUAAGGUGCUUGUAAAGAAAGCAGGCAUUGGGGCCAGUGGAGCAAUGAGUUAAGGGCCCCCCCAUUAUUCCGAGCUCCAGCUCCCUUGGCACAGCUCCAAGUAGUUGGAAUUAGUGAUUAUUGCAGAAACAGCCCACCGUUUUGCUUUUGAGGAGAGUCUUUCAGGACAUUUUACACUCUGGUCUUAACUGUUCCCAGCAACCCUGAGAUGAUUUUCUUCAGUUUAGCAAAGAAACAAACCGGGGCCUAGCACUUUCUCAUUUUGCCAUGUGUAAGUACUGUGCAGCUUCGUGGGCCUUGCUUCCAUGUCCCCCCAGAACACUCUGUGAGACAAUGGACAUUUAAAAUCUGAUGCAGGUUUAGAAUCCAGACCACAACAGAAUUAUAUCUUGGGCCAAUUUUAUCCCUUCUGCUCUCGAUUCUGCACGCUCUAAUUCAGUGUUUUUUCACAUUACAGGUUGCAAUCCUUUGGUGGGUUGUGGUCAGCAUUUUUUGGCUUAAAUGAAAUAGGGCAGAAUAAAAUAGAACGAAAAAUA